AUGCGCUUUUGGUUACGAACCCAAAAACACUCAGCAUUUUUAGCGAGCCCGUAUAAAGCUGUCGCUAAUUUACCUCUAAGAAUACCAAAUAAAGCUAAAAUGCCCCGACAAGCGGAACUUAUCUGUCCAGAAGACCAAACACUCAUACGAGGGACCUGUAAACCAGCAGAUGCCGAAUCACAUGUCGAUUGUAGUUCACCUAAGGAAGUUACGAAAAAAUCCAAACACCAUUCAAAAAGAAGUUCUCAAACUACUCACUCAGAUGGUAAAGAGAAAACUCUGAAAACAAAACAUGCAAAGAAUAGAAACGAAUCCUCAGUCGUUAUCAGUCCUAAGCUCUCCUCGGAUGUUAGCCAACCUAAUAGUGCAGGUAAAGAAGGGUUUAAAAAAGAAAUUACACUUGACAAAAACAAGCGCGAACAUGUGAAAAAAAAGCGGAAACAUUCGAAAGGUGAAACAAGGCAUGAAAAGCGUAGCAAACACGAUGAAGCGAACUCUGAGGUAACUGUUGAUCAAUCAGUUGUCAAAGAAUCUGCCCGUAAACACAAGCAUCGCGACAAACCUCAUGGUUCCUCAAAGAUGUCAAUGGUGGAUGGGAUAACUCAUCGUUCUACCAAAUCUGUCGCUUGCGGGGACAGUUGUCGUCAAGAUGCUCCAACUUCAGUCAAAGAGCAAAGCUUUGAAGCUGUUUCACGUUCCUGUACUUAUGAACCCGUUCCAGGGACACCCUCAUCCGCUUCUAGAUGUUCUUCACAUGUUUCGCGUUCAUCUUCAUGUAGCCAAUCCCCGACACGCUCCGGAAAGCAUGAAAUGCACCGCGUCCAUGACCCACGUUUUGAUGAAAGGUUACAUAGGCAGAGGUAUGAGCAGAACAGUAGAUCGCCAUCCAUGCAUUUACAUCAUGAUCACAAACCUGACCUUCCUACACGGGCCACAGAUAGCGGUCAUGGAACUAAUCCUGAAGAAAAGUAUUAUUCAGUAAAAAGAACACAAUCACCCGUCAGUUCACCUUCAAGGUCAAAGCGAUAUAAUUCAGCUACUUUAAGUUAUGGGUAUCGUCAGUCAACACAACGUCAUCAUUUAUCCCCAAGUCAUGGGUCUCACUCAAGACAUCAUGGACCUCACCGUGAAAGAAGUCGUAGUGGCUCGGAAAGAUACGAAUCUCGACGAACAUCAACAUACCGCGCAGGUGAUAAACAACAUAUUCACUCAAAGACUUAUCUCGUCAAGACAAAACCUAGAUAUCAUAAUCCGGAUGACCAUCCUGAUUUACAUGAGGUUAGUUAUUCGAAAAAUUAUGAACGUCGUCACAUACGUGAUUCUAAUAGCACAAAAAGACACGGAAGUGGAAGUCAUCGACGUGAAAUUAUUGAAUCUUUAUCACCGUCACCUAAAAUCUCAAAACAACUUCGUGAGAAUUAUGAACCUCAACAUCAUUCAAAACGUCAACAAGUCAAUAACUUACUGAAAUCCCAGUCAGACAUACAUCCACCUCUGUUGCAAAAACGUGAUCGACGAAGUACAAAUGAAGUUCACGAUUCUUGUAGUCCAAAUCGGAAGUCAACCAGUAGCAUUCCAGUUUGUACUGAGUCUGCUCAUCAUCCCUCGAGUUCUCCCUCUCAUUCAGCUUGUCUUCUACCUAAGGACAAAGAUCGAAAACUACAGAUAUCUCACGCUCUUUGUGAACUUUUGGAUGAAUUAAAUUGUGAAGAUGUUUCGGAUACUGAAUUGCACUUGAUAAUCCCUUCUUCUAUGAUCAAUACUUUGUCGUCAGACACCUCACUGGGUUGUAACAAUGAAUUAACAUGUAAAGCUGAAUUGUCAGUCAAAAUGAAUCGUGAUGUUACCUAUAACAGUAAUGAUAACAUUAAUAGUAAUAAUAAUGCGAAUUCAAAUCAUUUGGCUGAUGAGAAAGAUGAAAGCACUUAUCAAAAUAGAUUAAAUAAUAAUAUUAAUCUAGACUCUUUAGAAGCUUUAUCCACUCAAAUUAGACAACAUAUGACAGGUCCAGAAAACUGGGAUAUUAAUGACUUAGCCGAGCCCAUUGAGCUCGGAGAAGAAUAUUCAGAAAAUACAACUGAUCAGGCUAAUUCAGAUUUAUUAAAUUCAGAGAAAUCAAACAACAGUUUGUAUACGCCAUGGCAAGAAUUAAUUGAAUCAGCCGGAGAAAAAUUAUCUUUAGAUGCCACUAAAUCGGAUGAACAAGAUUAUGUUCAGUGUGUUGGAACUUUCAUCGCUGGUAUAGGACAUCAAGACAUUAUUCCAUUGAGGAGACGUGCCAACGGUAUUGAUGUCUUACGAAGGACUGGAGUUAGCCGUACAUAUUUCGACAGUGAUUUGCUUGGCCCUUUAUCAACAAAUACUAGUUCAAAUGAACAGUCUGGAGUGAUUAACUUGUGUCAGACAGUCGAAUUCCCAGAUACAUGGGCUAAAGCAAAUUGUGGAAAUUCACUAACCGGUUCAGGAAUUUUAAAUCAAUUAUCCAAAUUAGUAUUGCCUUUGUCACGUAAAACGGAUGCUUAUCUUCGUCAAAAUUUACUGAAAAUUAUCAAAUGUACAUAA